CAACAAACAGUUGUUGGACUUCAGUAAGCUAGCUAGCUAGCACAACGACGAGGAGAGAAAACAGCAUCUUUACAUUCAAGCGCUUCUCGGGGAACGUCAAUAAGCGGCAUGUCUUUGUUUUAAAAUAACAAUCAAAAAGGAGAUUACUGCUCUACAGUUAAAUCAUUUGGGCACGAACGAAACAUGCUCCGGACUAUGACGCUUGUUUUUUUCCUUGCCUACUAGUCGAGGAUUGUGAUGCAAGGUGCUCGGGUGAGACCGCGAGCGACAUUCGGAAAUUAUUUUUCUUUAAAUGGAAUGAUUGACUCGAAAACAAAGCAUUUGGGUUUACCGAAAGGUGCAUAAAACUACACUGGUCUAGAUGUCAUUGUUGGGUAACUACUUUAGCUAGGUAGCUAGCUUGCUUCAUGCACAAUACAUAGUAUUUUGCUAACGGAAUGGAGGCACCGUGAGCGAAUUGUACAGUUUUAGCUAGCUAGCCAGGUUGCUGGUCACCCAAAAUAUAGCUAUAACGUUAGCUAGCUUUCACAUUCACUUUUAGAGCGUGCUGACCAACAAAAUACAGAAUACUGUAACAAAAAACGGCCAUCUAUGCACUUUAUUGAUAUAUAUCGUGGUUACCUAGCAUGAAGUUAACUAGCCAUACAAGUAUAAACUAGAUUGAGACUAGGCUAGUGUAGCAGGAGAAUAGGUUGCUUCUUGGUUAGGAGGAUUUGUUUGACACGAGGUGUGUUGCCUUUAUCUCUUGACAAUUUGACAACUAUUUAACGUUGUUGGACAUGUGAUAUGGUAAAUGUAUCAAAGGUUUUCUUAAAUUACAAUUUCAGGCUAUAAAUAUUCUGAACUGCAGGAACGCAUCACGUAUAAAACCAGUCACAUGCUUGCUUGAAAGUUGUCAAUAAUGUGCGAAAUGAUCUCUUGAAAUAGUUGUGUGUGAGCACAAAUAGCUGUUUAGUCAAUCAAUUACUUUAACACUCAAAAUGCACUUAUAUUGUCAUUGUUGACAUGUCAAAACAAAGUUGUAAACAUUCUUGAUGAAAGUACUUAUUUUACAAAUUAUGUUAGCUAUUCAAGGAUCAAAGACCAUCAUUCAAAGACUGAAAUCAACCCGGAAGGCAUCACUUUAAAUAUCUUGUGUCAGGUGCAGAGUUCUCGAAUCCUGUCAAAUUGCUAGAUUAAUACAGUCAAUUGCCAACACUAUCUUCCUGGAAAUGAAAAUAUGAAUAUCGAGGAGCAAGCUCUAGAUUUGUGCAAUGUCAAAAUGAAGAGUAAUGUCGAUGACAAUACUACCAAUAACUCGGAAGAGAUCAUACCCCGGAUCUCAGAACUGAUGGAUGGAGACAUGUGUAAACAAGGCAUUGGCACUAAGGCCGCCGACAACCCGCAGGGGGAGGACAACCACCGGUCAAAAGAGACAUUAGAAAUCGACGAACUGAAUGGGAAUAAGAACAACAGCGUCCCAGAUACCCCUGCAAUAGUCAGUUCUGACUUUGACGUUUCUAAUGACGACCAACACCAAGAGGAGAGUAUCAAGGAUACAACACCAUCGGCCCUCAUGUUUGCUAUUGAGGAAGGGGAUGAUGGUGGGGAUAUGGACAUUGGUGUGGAUUUGAGCCUAGAUGAAAGUGGCAUGUUGGAGUCAGAACAUACGGACCAGGGACCAUCCUUAGCAGAGGAGACAUCCUCAAGCGGUACCAAUCCAGAUUCAUCAACCCCAGACGUUGUCACAGACGAGGAACCUGAGAAACCCUCAGAACAGGAGGAUUUGCCACCUGUCAUUGCCCCAGGAGAGGCCCUCUCUCCAGCCCUGGAUGAGGGGGAUGAUGAACACAAAAAUGGCAAGAGGGUGACUUUUCCUUCAGAUGAGGAUAUUGUCUCUGGAGCAGUGGAGCCCAAGGACCCGUGGAGACAUGCCCAGAAUGUGACGGUGGAUGAGAUUCUCUCUGCCUACAGACAGGCCUGCUUGAAACUCAACUGUAAACUCAUCCCCAAAGUGCUCAAACAGAUGCAGGAGCUGAAAGACCUAACUCAACGAAAUGAAUGCCUUGACCUUAAAGGUGAGAAGCUGGACUAUAAGGUGUGUGAGUCUCUGGAGGAGGUGUUCAAGAGGGUCCAGUUUAAAGUGGUGGACCUGGAGCAGACCAACCUGGAUGAAGACGGUGCGUCAGCUCUCUUUGACAUGAUUGAGUACUAUGAGUCGGCCACACACCUCAACAUUUCCUUCAACAAGCACAUCGGCACCCGCGGCUGGCAGGCCGCAGCCCACAUGAUGAGGAAGACGAGCUCUCUGCAGUACCUGGACGCCCGCAACACGCCCCUGCUGGACCACUCUGCCCCGUUUGUGGCACGGGCGCUCCGCAUCAGCGGCAGUCUGGCUGUGCUGCACCUGGAGAACGCUGGGCUCUCUGGACGACCACUCAUGCUGCUGGCCACGGCUCUGAAGAUGAACAUGAACCUACGGGAGCUGUACUUGGCUGAUAACAAGCUGAACGGCCUGCAGGACUCAGCACAGCUGGGCAACCUGCUCAAGUUCAACUGCAACAUCCAGAUACUGGACCUCCGUAACAACCACAUACUGGACUCUGGUUUGGCCUACGUCUGUGAAGGCCUGAAGGAACAGAGGAAAGGCCUGGUCACUCUGGUGCUCUGGAACAACCAGCUAACACACAACGGCAUGGGCUACCUCGCAGCUGCACUGCCCUGUACCCAGAGUUUGGAGACCCUAAAUCUGGGCCAUAACUCUGUGGGGAACGAGGGGGUCCACAAGCUGAAGGACGGUCUGAUCGCCAACCGCUCGGUGCUCAGGCUGGGCCUGGCGUCCACCAAGCUGUCCUGCGAGGGUGCCGUGGCGGUGGCGGAGUUCAUCGCUGAGAGCCCCCGGCUGCUGCGUCUGGACCUGAGGGAGAACGACAUCAAGACGGGGGGCCUCAUGGCCCUCUCCCUGGCCCUCAAAGUCAACACCUCCCUCCUACGCCUCGACCUGGACCGAGAGCCCAAGAAAGAGACUGUGAAGAGCUUCAUCGAUACGCAGCGUUCCCUGCUGGCUGAGAUCCAGAACGGCUGCAAGCGGAACUUCAUCUUAGCCAAGGAGAAGGAGGAGACCGAGCAGCAGAUGCAUUCGGCCUCCAUGGCCGAGAUCGCCACUGAGGACAGAACCAUAGAGGAAGAGGAGGAUGAAGCUGAUUCUGACGAGCAUGUUGAAAAAGAUGGGAAAGACAGUGAGUGUGAGGGAGGAGAGGAAGGAGUGAAAGACACUGAGAGCCUGACUGACAGCCAAUCGGCAGCAAGCUCUGAGGGAGUGGUGUUGCCUUUGCAGUUGGAGUCAGACUCGGACACAGAUGACGAUGAGGAGGAAGAGGUGGUUCUCUCUAAAGCUCCCUCCGUCUCCCCUGCCCCCAAACACACUGGCCCUUCACUCUGGGCAGCGACAACCCAACACCCCCUCAGUGCCUCACAGAAGCCCCCUGCCCCCUCUGCCCCACCAGCUACGGGGGCUUUCAUUUCAGGGAUCACCGUCACAGAGUCCACAGGGCCCCCCGGUACGCCCCCCUCGCCUGGCCGCUGUAUUUCUGUGUCGAGCCCCGGGAGGGGCCACAAGAUCUUCAUGGUGACCAGAGUAGAGAGCCCCCCUGACCAGCAGCAGUUCCAGGUCCUGGGGAAGAUUGGCCUGACCAAGCCCCAGGCCUCCAAGGAACCAGUGGUGUCACUAGUGAAGGAAACCACACAGCAACCACAGCCCCCUUCACAACCCCCACAGGAGGAGGUAAGAACAGAACAGACACAACCCCAGACCACGCCCACACCACUGACACAGGAGGAGGUGGCACAGACCCUGGCAGAACAGACACAACCCCAGACCACGCCCACACCACUGACACAGGAGGAGGUGGCACAGAGCCUGGCAGAACAGACACAACCCCAGACCACACCCACACCACUGACACAGGAGGAGGUGGCACAGAGCCUGGCAGAACAGACACAACCCCAGACCACGCCCACACCACUGACACAGGUGCUGGUCCAGAGUUCAGAUGAACCACAGACAAUAGAUCCUAAACAGAUGGAGCAGAGUCCUGUUGCACCAGAGCAACCCCCUUCAGAGGAGACCGUAGUAGAGACGCCUCAAGACCCGGCUGAGACGCUAGAACUACCAUCCAACCUCCUAACCCAGCCCACAGAGGAGGAAGUAGAGGGCGUUCUAGACAGUUCACAACCUGUUCUGGCGGAGCAGAGCCCAAUAACCGCAGCCCAACCAUCACACACACCCUCCCUUCCUACAGAAGAAGUAGCAACCCAAUCACUAGCAUCACCCCAACAGACAGAGGAGAUAGUAGAGACAACUACAGAGCCUCAGCAAGAACAGUCUGCUGUUGAGCAGCAGUCCACUGAAGCUGUGCUGGAAGGAAAGGAGGAGGUGGUGGUGGUUGUGGAAAAGGAGGAGUGUCAGGACCCAGUAGAAGAGUCACUUUGUGAACAAGCAGAGUCUCAAACCAACACAGAGGAGGAAGAUGAGAUGCAGUCAGAACGGCAUCAACAGCAGGAACAGAGUCCGGAACAGGCUAGUGACACAGUUCAGCAACCGUUAGCGCCGCAACCGUUAGCACCUCAGCUAGCUACACAGACUAACACUAAGCCCCUGGGGGGUCUGCUUCUAACAGCACCACUCCAGUUACAGCCUGAAACAGUGCAGCCAGACUCUGAGCUUAUGUCCCCACAACAGGAUCCGGCAGAGACACUUCCACAGGCACAUCAACAGGUGGCGCCAGCGAGUCCCUCGGAGCAGGGAGCCACGGAGAGUGUCGCAGAACAGGAACUAUAUUUGUCAGAGGAGGAGCAGCAGCAACUAACACAACAGGCAGUUCCUGUGCAGGUGGAACAGCAGCAACAACAACAUCCUGUUCUAGACAAUCUACAGCAGCAGCCUCUUCAACCAGAGGGGCAAUCACAGACCACCCUUCCCGCCGAGCCCUCGCCUGUUCCAGCCGAGACAGAUUCUUCCCUGGAGGUGGAGGGCCAUAGCUCUCCUCCCAAGGCAGAGGAGUCCCCAGACGAGAGCUCCACAGACAAGGGGGAGAGCGUGGGGGGAGUGGAGGAGGUGGUGGGCUCAGCCCUGCCCAACGGCCUGAAGCCAGAGUUCGCCCUUCACCUGCUGGACCCCGAGGGCCCCAAACCUGGGCCUGUCAGCUGUGUGAUGGAGCACGUGAGUGUGACAGCAGAGCUGAGCUGUGGUGAAGACCUGGAGGAGCUGUUGCUGGAGGCCAGCCUGGAGACUGGGAGAGACGCACCAUAGCGCUGUCAUGAGGUUCUGUAGGAGAGAGGAACACGACUCGUGCCGUCUGUGUCUCGGUGACUCGGGUUGUUGCUCCUGCAAUUAUUUGGUUGUCAUUACCACAAACUCAUCACCAUCACCUCUCUAUGAAAACGGAGGACCAGUUGUCAUCUAAGUAAUACACCUAUAAUAUUUUAUUUUUUUUAAGACCAAAACAAGAAUCAUUGAGCUUCAUCACAGCAUAUAAGGAAUUCACUACAACUUCAACCGAAACGCACACACACUGUAUUGUAAAGAAAGUUUUUUUUAAAACAAAGAAGAAGAAUGGAAGAAAAUCACACUAACCUUUUGCCUAUCACUACAUUGUCAAUCAGGAAACCACACUCAUGCAGGUACCGGGGAGUGUGGGGAGAAAGAGGUAGAGAGAAAAAGAGAGGGGAGGGGGUUUAUCACUGCUCUAACCAAAGACACAGAACACACUCUGCUCACCCCCUGCUCCACCCCGACGUGUGUUCUUGAUAGUGUCGUGAGCGUGCACACACUGACACAAAACCUUACUGUUGCCCUCUGCUGGAGGAAAGAGAAUGUGCACAGCUGUGUGUGAUUGUGUGGGACCCAGCCAAGAGGACCCACUGGCUUUUAGUGUGUCAUUCUCUGACAAUGACAGUUAGCCACAGAGGGUUUUAUAACCAAGGAAGGCGUCACAGGAGAAGGCAUUUGUUUUGUGUGUAUUUGUGUUAGAGUUUUAUUUGUCCCCCCACCUUGUAAGGGAUUGCUACCAAAGUGACCGCUUUCUUCUCUGUUCCUUCCUCUCCGUUCGCUUUGGCCCCUUCAGGAAUCGUCCCCUCCAGUCUCUCUCCAGCAACGCUCUGGAACACCCAAACCAUCUGUCAUCUGCCAAAAACACACUGUCUCAGUCACAAAUUAUUUUUGGUUUCCUUUAAGGAUCAGAUAGUGGAGUUACUCUAUUCUAAAGCCUUCUGGAAGCCUGUAAAUGUUGGGUAACAAAAUGUCUGCCUUGGAGUAAUGCCUUUCCUUACAGAGAAAGUCUACCUUUUAUUUCUUAUUUUUUCCUCCACCGGACUGUUAUCACAGACUUUGUUAUCCAGAUGGAUUUUCCUGUUUGUCCGACCAGAUUAAUUAAAUGUAGUGCGACACUCAAUAGGAGUAUAAAGAAAAGGCAGUUCUGACUUUGUCUGUCUCUUUUGAGUCCUCCCUCUUUCCUUCAGUCUUCUGCUGGUACAAAACUGUGCCAUCUCAUUUCCCAACUCAACACAGGAUAAAUGUUGCCUUCGACUCGACUAGGUUUCAUUGAAUCUCUUCUUUUGUUUUGCUGCUUGGAGAAAUCAGUUGUUUGUAUUUAUUUUAUAGUUAUGAGCCUUUUCUUCAUGUGAUUUUAUUUUUCUCCCCUUCUCUCCCUCUUUUUAUUAGUUAUUUUCCAUGGGGUUUGCUUUUAAAGAUUUCCCUCCUUUGGUGUAUAUUUCAGAUUCAAAUUAGAACAAUUCUUUUUUUUUU